AUGCCAACACCAACCGUCGCUUCGCGUCGCGUCAGGACUGCGGAGGGGAGCGUUUUGCGCGCGUCCAUCGACCCCACCGCCGCCUCCUCGGACGGAACCGGCUCCUCGGCAGGGUCGCUCAUCACCGCGGGGGAUAUGUGGCGCCUGGCGCAGCAGAAGAGGUCCGCCGCGGUGGCGCUGUCCCGGUUUGCCGCAAUGUCAGUCAACUUUGCCACGUUUGCGCAGCUCUCUGCGGCGCACACGGUGGAGGAGGCGUGGCGCGAGGUGGAGGAGGCCGAGGAGGCUGCGCGCGCGUUUCGCGCGAAGCAGACGGCGGGGCAAACCCCCGACGUGUGA